AUGGUCGAUGCUACCAUAACCAAGCGACUGCACGUCGGUGGACUCACACCGGCAAUCACCACACAACAUAUCAAAGAGAGAUUCUCAAGUUUCGGAGUGGUCAGUGAGAUUGAGGAGUUGGGGGUUGAUGCGUUAGGCCAACCACGUCCAUUCACCUUCCUCACUCUUUCCUCAACCCCCGUCCAACUGAAGAAAUGUCUCAACAUCCUCUCCGGCUCAUUCUGGCGAGGUACCCAACUCCGUCUCGCCGAAGCCAAACCCAAGUACACAGAACGCUAUGUGAUCCAUACACCUACGGCCGAAGAGAAGAGAAAGGUGUUGGAGAAAAAGAGAAAAAGGGUAGAAUCGAAAAGAGGUGAAGAUGUUGGUAAAUUAUCGCAAGAUUUUAGGUUGGUCAAUUCUACCAUAGCGAAAAAGAAGAAAUUUUGGUUGGUUGAUGAGGAUGAAAAAGAUGGAAGGAUGGUUAGACCUUUGACUAUUAGACCUAGUCAUCCGAUUGGCAAGCCUCUGGUUGAUAAUAAAGUUAGUAAAACCCAGGAAGGGAAAAAGAGGGUUGGAGGACCGCCGGGGAGAUUGAGAAGAAGAGUGAUUAACCCUAUUGCGUGGGGAUCAAUAUAUAUUAAAGGAGAUCAAUUGCUUUCUAUCACUGAAACUCAAAAUGAAGAUGAAGCAAAUAUAGAGAAAGGUGAAUGGGAAUUUGAAGAGAUUGAUGAUUCCGUUGUCGAUGGAGAAGGGUUGGAUGAAGAUGGAAGAAUGGUCGUUGGAAUAUGGAAAAAGAGAGAUAUGAAUGGUGAGAUCGUUGAAGAAAGUUUGGUGAGAAGUAAAAAGAGGAGAGUAUCGAUUGGAGAAGUUGAUAAAUCGGAAUAUCGGUCGGAGGAUUUUGGUACUUUAGAAGGUGGAGAAGUAGAUUCCCCAUUAUUUGGGAAUCGGGAUUUGCCAGCAAAAGGAUCAGAAUCACCUUUGUUUCCCUCUCGACAGAUCGACGACGUACAUACAGAUGAAGAAGAAAGAGGAGAUAAUGAGACUUUAGAGGAUAGAAGCGCGGUAGAAAGAGCAUCAUCACCACUUUUCCCUUUGAGAGUCCCGGAUCAAGAUGAAAAACAAAGCACCACAUCGUCUUCAUCAUCAUCUUCGGAUACUGUAGAUCAGCUUGAACAUCAACCUUCUUCACCUUUAUUCCCUACUCGAAGUAUAGAAACUCCUGAUGACGAUAACGAAGCUCAACAACAACCUCCUUCACCUCUAUUCCCCGCUCGAAAUGAGGCAAGCACUGCUCAACAAGCCUCGUCACCUCUUUUCCCUACUCGUGCCCUCAAAAGCAGAUCUCCAUCCCCUCAUCGCCAGCGCAAACCUGCACUUACGCUCCCUUCUCAGAUCCUCGCUUCAGCCCGAGCUGAACGAACCUCUGCUCUAGGUGUACUCGGCAGCUUAUUAGGGGAUGUGUCGCCCCCUACGAAGAAGGAGAAAGUGGUUUGGGAAGUAUAUCCUGAAUCUGACGAGGAUGAUGAAGUGGAAGUAGGAAGAGGUAGAAGUAAAUCCGCAGCCUCUGAAAUUUCAUCGGUGGCACAGGACAAGAUCAGAGACGAGGUGAUGGUGGAUGAAGAACCUAAUAUGAAUCUGGACAUACCUGUUGACGGGGAUUCUUCGUCUGGUCCUACUAGCUCGAGUGGUAGUGGAUCAUCAAGUGGUGAUUCGGAGGAAGGAGAGGGGAUGGACGUCGAUCCUCCUGCUGGAAAUGGAAAUGAAGAUGAAAUUUCAAGCGGCAGUGGAAGCGGCAGUGGGUCUAGCUCCAGUGGUAGUGGGAGUGGAGAUGACGAUGAAGAUGAAUCAUCUGAAUCUGAUACAAGUUCAGACUCAGGGUCAGAUAGUGAAGAAGAUUCUGACUCGGAAGAUGACUCUGGAGAUGAGGAUAAAUCAUCAAUACCAACCAAACCAUCAGGUCUCAAAGAUAUGUUCGCUCCCACCACCUCUACAUUUUCAACCCUGGAUUUCGCUUCCACCUCAGCAUCAGCGGGGUUCUCUCUUCUAGCCAAUUUAGGUGACGAAAUAGAGUUGGACGAAGAGAUGGAUAUACCUCUACCUCCCGCACAAACUGACCUUCCGAUAGGUCACGAACAGGAGGAAGAUGAUUUACAACCUUUACCUCUGAACGUAUCUUCUGGUAGGGGUAAAAUCAAAUUUGAUCCUUCAUCUAGUGACAUCCCAUUAUUCUUCACUCUCCCCACCGAGGCUGGACCAAGUGGAGAGAGAAAAGGUGAAUCUAGGAACUUAUAUAAUGAAUUACAUAUCGGUAUACCCCCUAUCACACAGCCUGAUUAUAAUCAACAAGAAGAAGAGGAGGAAGAAGAGGUACAGAACAUACCUCUACCUGGAUUCAGUAGACAGCCUGGUGAGAAUGAUGAGUCGAUGAAGGCCAAAUGGACGAAUGAAAAGUUGGAGUUGACGCAAGGGUGGAAGAAGAGGUUCAGGGAAGCUAAGAAAUCUAAGAGGAGGAAAGGAGGUGAGGAGGUUGAAUAG